CCAAAUAUCACUGAGACCCCUCCCCAAAUUAACACUGAGACCCCUCCCCAAAUUAACACUGAGACCCCGACCCAAAUUAAACACUAACACCGCGACCCCUCCCCACAUUAACGUUCUGCGCCAUGGGGCUGGACGAGCUGGGCAGGGCGGCGGGGGAGGCGAAGUACAGGGCCUGGGCGCGGGGCUGGGCUCUGUCCGUCUGGGGCUGGGCCCGGGGGGCUCCCAUGGAAUUGGGGCGCCCCCGUUUUUCGGGGACCCCCCCCCAGCAGGCGCUGGCCCAGCCCAUGAUGGUGCUCAAGGUGGGGCUGCAGCUCCUGGGGGACCCCCGGAGGGACCCCCAGAGCGAGCCCGACCCCGAGGCCGAGGCCAUGGCGGAGUGGGGGGCGCGGCAGCUGCUGCUGCACCUGCAGAGGGGGGACUCUGUGGUGCUGGAGAACGUCAGCCCCGAGGGGGAGGAGCUGCCAGGGAGCCUGGGGCGCCUCAUGAACCCCGGAGGAAAAUCCUGA